AAAUAAACAUGUGACGUCACACACGAGACUGAUAACGUGUACAUGGUUUAGACGUAUUCAAAGUUGCUGAAGCACCGGAGGGACCUAAAUAUUACAAAAAUGAUCUCUACCGAAAAUGAUCCCGCUGUAGAAGGUGACGAUAAACAGCAAAGUUCACACGACGUCAGGUUUGACGACAAUUUCCAUAAUUAUGUAACAAAAAUUACAGAGUCAACGGCUUUCAAUGCAGCCAUAAUGACAACAAUCUUUUGCAAUGCGCUCCUCAUGGCCUUAGAAACUGACAUGACUAUGAAGCAGAGCUACCACAAUGAAUUUUUUGUGUUAGAAGAAAUCUUCCUCUCAAUAUAUACGAUAGAGUUUAUUAUGAAAGUCUACGCAGAGCCAAAGGGAUACUGGAGAAGUGGCUAUAAUCUCUUCGACUUCCUUGUUCUUUCGAUCUCCUUUCUACAGGACUUUUUAGCACUGUUCGAUGCAGACAGAUCGGGGCUUGAUUCCCUACGGGUGUUGAGGGCACUUCGUACAUUUAGGACACUUCGGAGUGUUUCAUUCAUAAAAGGCCUUCAAGUUCUUGUUACAGCUCUAAUAGAUACCAUCCGCAAAUCUGUUGUAAAUAUUGUAAUGCUUCUACUUCUUAUGAUGUUCUUAUUCGGCAUUAUGGGUUACUACUUGUUUGGAUAUAGAGAGGACGGAGACAAAGAACACUUCGGUCACCUAGGAGCCGCCAUGCUGACACUGUUCACCUUCGUCACCGUUGAUGGCUGGACUGACCUCCAAGAUGAAUUAGAUAGACGUAAUAUGGUUGGCAGUAGAGUAUAUACCAUUAGCUUUAUCAUUGUCGGUCACUUCAUAUUCACAAAUGUCUUCAUUGCCGUGAUUAUAAUGAACAUCAGCGAGGCUACAGAGAACUAUAAACGGGAUCAGAUUGCCGAUCGUGAGGCGACCGUAAGGCAUAAAAAAGAGUUCAUGAUGCAGCGCCAACACAAUGAGGUGAAACAGAUGAUCGAACAGCAGAAGAAAGGGGACUUUUCCAACUUUCACGACAUGGUUGGUGAGUUCCAGCAUACUCUUCGACACAAUGAUUGUGUUAUGAUGACUGAUCUUUGUACGAACCUAGUGUGGAUAGAAACUUUCGUUACUAGUCUUGAGCACAUGGAUAAUACCACGUAUCGCAUCCAGCAACUCAACUUUGAAUUAAGCGACAUGUUGACAUUGCACAUGGAAAACCGACUUCGGCAAAGAUAUGGGUUUGGUGAGGUCAAUCAACGCCAACAAAGACCAGUUUAAAAUCUCCAUGAAAUCGGUAAAUCUCACUUCAUUGUUGUUUAUAAACGCUUGCUUGACCCAGUUAGUAAUUAGUUCGAAUUAUGUUUAUCAAAAUUUACGCAAAUGUAAGUUUAUAUCUAGAAUAACACCACCAAUCAGAUAGAAAUAGAUACUGCUAUCAAUGCACAAAAUAGUGUUCUUACAUAUAUCAUCAAUUAUUUUGAUACUUGGAGAAAUCAAUUUAAGUAUCUCGAUAUUUGUAAAUAUUUACGAAAUAAACAUGUAUAAAAACGGUUACAGAAUGACAACAACAUAAAUUAAAACAGAAACGUCAUUUUUCUAGAUUGAUCAUUGAUGUUAUGUAAGUUAAAACACUAUUUUUACGAAUUGAAACUUUAUCAACAAAACGUACGUAUUCAGAUGAUUCCAUAUAUUCGAGAUUUGUUCGAAAAUUGGAGGAUUGUGUUUUUGUGUAAUGUUGCUAUUUGUAAAUUGAUUUAUUUAUGAAAUAAACUAUUAAACAGUAUGACAUAAAAUGUUGGUGUUUUUGGUGGAGAUUUUUCAUUUCAUAAAACAGUUUAUUGAGUGGAAAUUGUCUAUCGAAAGGAGUUAUUGUUGAUUUGGUCGAUGGAAUAUACGUAGUCGUAGACACUUCUUAUACCCAUUAC